GGGAUCCUCAUGAGCUGCAUCAUGACAUUGUUCUUAUGCGUCUGGACUACCGUCGCGGUCAAUAUCGAGCCGGUUGUCGAACUCAGCGAGAAUCCCGGAAUCAUCGCAAGGAUCGAUUAUAUCUCGACCAUCCGGUCGGUCAGGAAAAUUGGAUGGAGCAUUUCCAGUCUUAUGGUGCCGGAGAUCACGAUGACGAUCGCUGCCUACGAGAGAUGUACGGCGAGGCUGCUUCGCACUGAGAUGUGGAAGAUCAUCGAGGACAAAAAUAAGGCGGAAAUACGGACGGACAUCGGCAUACAGACGACCGAUGGCGACGAAAAACGGAAAGAUAUCGGCGUACAGACGACCGUGGACGACCUACUACAGGCGACCGAUGGCGAAGAAAAAGGGAAGUGUGGCAGUGACAUAGUGCCCGAGACCGACGUCCAGCAGGAGGCCAACAAUAGUGAACAGAAGGGCAACGUCGUACAGCGGACCGCCUCUGCUGUGAAGAAGACCAACGAGCCCGGAAAGAAAUACGAACCCCACCCUUGGGACUGUUUAACACUCUCGUACUACGCUGUUAUGGGAGGGUUCAGGGUCAUCUACGACCACGAUCCAGAACAUCCCCAUGCGAAAGGGACAGCGGCUGCGCAAGAAGGACAACAGGAAGAUGCACGGACCGAGAACGAGCCUUUGCACGGAACCAUGACGAAGGAGUCGUCUAAAUUGGCGAGUACGGAUUCCACGUGUACUCCAACGGCGUUCCGGUGUCGGAAUAACCGCGAGUCCAGCGACAGCCAGAGCUGCAAAUGUCAGAUCGGAUUGCUGUCGAGUAUAAGGGGCGGCAGCAAAAAGAAAUGCCCAUGGUACAUUCAGGAUGCGAAAACUUACCAGUCCGCGGCGACGCUCACCCCUCACGGCGUACUCUGGAUGGCAAGGAGAGGAUGGCUCCCCUUUGUCGCCCCAGAGUUUGUGAAGGACAAGUCCCAGGCCAAUACUCUGGCAAAAGUCUUGGUGUGCUUCCAAGCUGGAUGGAUGAUACUCCAGGUGUGUGGACGGGCGUCAGCGAACCAGUCCGUCGCCUUGCUCGAACUCCACACCGUCUUGCGCGCCAUGUGCGCUGGAACGAUGUACAUCACGUGGUGGGACAAGCCAAUCGAUAUCGACCUCCCGACAGAAAUAUUCCUCAAAAAGCACCAAUUCGAUGAACUAGUCAACGCCAAAGAAGAACCAAACGCCACCAAUCCUUUCUCGAAUGGAAAGCUUCACUCGCCCGAUCCACGGUUCAAGAGCGACGGAGAGCCGGACAAAAAAUACGUGACGUCACGUGCCGGGCUUGGAAAGCUCAUGUACCAGCAACUCUCGAAAGAGAAGAAUGUUCUCACAAACCUCAGGAGCCUCGGGGAGGCAUUUGACCGGAUCAUCAAGGGCCGAUCCAACAUCGUGUGGGAGGGCGCCUUCCUAUCCACCGUGGGACUGACCUAUGGCGGUGUGCAUCUGGCAACGUGGAACAACCACUUCGAGACCCUGUUCGAGGAGUACGCGUGGAAGGCGUGCUCCAUUGUCACGGCUUUUGCGGUUUUGGGAUUCAUAUUGCAGCUGUGCAUCGGCACCUUGAUACAGCACAUCGAUUUCACCGAGAGUACGGAGCUAAACGACUCUAAGACCGGUACGCAACAGUCGGAAGUUGGCGGCACCGACGUCGAAAAGAACGUCCUCUCGGAAAUCAUCACAACCAUUCACGUGCCGCCAGGAAAGUCCUCCCCUGGUGCGGCGAAGUUGGGUGUAAGAAGCAAUCGACUGUGUCGGAGGAUCUACAAGCUCAUCGUCGGGACAACAUUCUUUGUCGGGUUCAUCAUCGUUAUUUUUUCCAGGCUCUUUCUGUUCAUCGAGUCGUUCAUCGCCCUGAGGGGACAGUCCAACGGUGUCUACGACACGGUGAAUUGGGCUGAAUCACUGCCAAAUAUAUCAUGAGAGGCAAAUGGAUGGGAUUCGUGUUGGGGGUUUCACUGUUUGGGAGAGAUGGAGUUAUUACCUAGUAUCAUUUUUUAUCACACGACCUUUUUCGUUAGAUUCCGUCUGAAGCUCACCAUAAUUUUUUCUCUUUUAAUGAGUUGGGUGCAGAAUAAGGUGAAUGGGAAUUGGCAAGGCGAUUGUUGUGUCGGCAGGGUGGGGAAGAUCACGCGAGAUUAGAUUAGAUAGUGAGAUAGAUAAGGAAAAGAGCCAAGUGGGUACUGAGGUGCGCGAAAGCAGAGGCUGCUUGGCGUUGUCAGGUGUGCACUGAAGGAGCGGGACCCUAUCGGGUCUGAGUGGGACUUUGUUGGACUUGAAUGGGACAGACGGAUGGAGGAGCGGGACUUGGUAUCAUACAGACCUGGCGAGACCAGCUGUCUUUGGGGUGAUGCCAGUCGUCUUUGAUGGGAAACUCGAUGGGGGGCGUCGAACGUUUAUUUAUCUUGCUG